AUGUCCACGUACGAAGGAUCGAGGCAGUUCCUGCAGAAGGAGUCGAGCGAUGGAGUGUCGCUGUACACUCACCUGGCGAACGUUUUACUGAAGGUGCUGAGUGAGAGGCCGUCAGAUGCGUCCGCGGUCUUCGAGCACCUCAGCGCCUCCGUCAAGGAGGGCACGGUGAAGCCGGACAGCACGACGCCGCCGAUAGGCCAACAGUCGGCCGCGGCGAAGCAGCUCAAGUGGGCGCAGACCACCCAGGCGCUUUUCACCGUGCCCGACGAGCCUCCGGAGGGGGGAGCGGUGGUGCCCGACAUGCUAGACGAAGCCAACAUGUGGGAGUGGGGAGGGGUGUCGUUCGGGCGACUGGAGACGUAUCGCUUGUACCUCUCCGUAAAAAAGCUUGCCGAAUCUCUUCCCGGCGAGCACGAGUCCUUGCGGUUCUGGGGCAAGGUCACCACCAGAGGGGACGACUACAUCGUGGUGGAAGGCAAGGCACUAGACGAGACGUUGGGAGAGUUCGACGAGGCUUUGCAGGAGGGCAAGGACGGGGGGAACCGCUAUACCUACUGGGUGGCGCGCUCCGCCGGCGGGGAGUGGAAGGAGCUCCCGCCCGUCACGCAGACGCAGAUCACGGCCGCUCGCAAGGUACAGCGGCACCGCAGUGUCAUGUUCGUGUGUGUUGGGGCGGGGGGGGAGGGACGGCCCAGAGCCAUGGCAACUCUUCAGAAUUACAACGCAGAGAUUGUUGAUGUCGAGCAGAUCAAGCGCUACUUUACGGGAGACUUGGAGUCGCCCGUCCAGGGGUACCCACCCUUCCCAGGGAGCGAGAUCAACCUUCUGCGUGCCCAGAUCGCGCGCAUCACUGCCGGAGCUUGCGUUAGCCCCGCUGGGUUCUUUGAGGUUGAUGAGGACGCAGAGCCGGCCAUCAUUAAGGUAGCUGAGGACGAAUCGAUCAACGAGGCGUUUCCGAAAGCGGUGGAGGAGCUCAUGACGACGGAUGGCUGGGUGCACCACGAAUUCGAGCUCAACACGCUUGGCAGGUGUCGGCCAAUGCCCGAGAAGCUCGACGAUGAGGGCAACCCUAUCGAAGAAGACGACCCUCCCGAAGAGGUUGCGCCGCUCCGAUCCCUCGCGGAAGACUCGGAGGGGUCGUGGGGGUUCAGAACAUGCCCUGCGGGAGCAGGGCAAUCGGCCAACGCGAUGGUCGUGGCCAAGUCUCUCCGGUGGCCCGGAGCAAUCGCCGUGGCGUUCGGUAAGCGUUUCACCAACGUCUACUCCGGGGACGGUGUCAAGUUCGGAGGGGAGGGGCCAUUCCAGCCCUCCCUGCCGCCGAUGCUGCAGCCGGAGUGGACCCCCGGGGAGGACGAGGAGGGACUCGUCGAGCAGUCGGACGUGCUGGUCGACCCCAACCCGCCGGAAGGAGAGGAGGAGGAUGACGAGUGA